CACGGAGCGCAUCUCUCGUGUGUUAAGUCAGCGGUGAAGCUGUGAAAGGUCAGUGUUAGAUUCAUAAAGCGAGUUCCCAGGCGGGGCAGAGGGAGGGGAGGUCUGCGCCUGUCACCCUUUGUAUCAGCGCGGACAGACAGGCAGUGCGGGACAGACGGCUGUGCGGGGAGAGAGCGACCCAGAAGCUACACAGGGAAACCAAGCACCGCAGUCCAGGCAGGAAGGAUGGGGAUGUGGGAACGGCGUCUGUGUUUCUGGAGAUAAGUCUGAUUUAGUGAUUGAAGUGUCUGGAAAGAAACUUGAAGCGCAUAAAGCCGUUUUGGCUGAGAAAAGUGACUAUUUCAAGGCGCGGCAGUUCCGAGACGUAUGCCGAUUAAAGGGGUUCAAGCUGCUGUCGAUAAAAUGUCGGAGCAGAUUACCGCUGAGAACUGCUAUGAGAUUUUGACAAUAGCCAAAAGGCAAUGUAUCGGUGAAUUGAAGCAGAAAGCCUACAAGCACAUGAGUGACAAUUUCUUGGAAAUACUGCGUGAUCCUGCUGUCUAUGGGCGUUUGACGGGAGGGGAGAGAGAGCUGAUUCUCACUAUGAGAAUGGAGGGAAAGAGGGCGUUGGUGGUGGCUGAAAUCAACGAAGUGUAUGACCGCGCCGGGAGCAGAACUCCAAGCCGUGAGAACAGUCGCCCCCAGAGCCCUCUAUCGAUGGUGUCCCUGGAGGAGAACCAUGUGAUUUACUAUUACAACGAGGAGACAAAGGACUGGAAAGUGCUGACGAAGAUGCCGGAUGAAAUCAACACAAAGGGCUCUGGGAUAUGCACCAUGUACAAUUAUCUAUUCGUAGCAGGUGGAAUCAAAAGGCAGAGCGACAAAGGCAAGGUCUCGGACAAGGUGUUCUGCUACAACCCUCUCACUGACAGCUGGAGCGAAAUACGACCGCUCACCCAGGGUCGGUCUCAGCUCAAACUGGUGUCCAUGGACGGGUACCUGUUUGCAAUCGGAGGGGAGUGUCUCUUCACAGUGGAGAAAUACGACCCUCGCACUGACAGAUGGAGCCCUGUGGCGCCGCUACCAAAAGGGGCGUUCGCUGUUGCGCACGAGGCAACGACCUGUAAUGGAGAGCUGUUCGUAUCCGGAGGCUCUCUCUUUUAUCGUCUGCUAAGAUAUGACAGUAGAAGAGCUGACUGGGAGGAAUGCCCGUUCAACAACAGCAGGAAGAAAUCCACCGACAUGGUGGCGUUCAAAAACUUCAUCUACAGGUUUGACGUCAACCGUGACUAUGGCGUCAACGUGUUCAAAUACAACACUGUGGUGAAAAUAUGGCAUGACAGUGCGUCCCUGGAGCAGACCAACCCCUUGCCCUUUCGCUGUGCUGUCAUUGGCAACACUAUUUACUGUGUGAACAAGUCCCAAACAUUGCAGUUUGUUGUGGAAGAGGAGAAUGAAAAGUUUUUGCCUGAGGCAGAAGCACUCAAAGCACCUGUAGAGGCUAAGGGCGCCCUUGUUCCAUUUGUCCUGGCUCUGCCCAAGACAGCCUGAGACAGAAUAAUGAACAAUAUUUACCUAUUUUUGGAGACUCACUAAAGCGGCCUCAGAAAUGUCAUUUGAGGACAAAAUAUGUUGUGUUUGAUAAAAGACUGUGAUAAGAAUGAUAAAUUAAAUAAUUUGUCCAUUUUCAUGAA